UUCUAAUUGUUAAAGAUGAAAUUAGAUUCACUUGAUUUAAAUUUCUCAUUCGUUUGCACAAGCAAUGUAAAGGAACAGUACUUUCCAAACAUCAAAAGUGCCGAUCGAGGUGUCGACUUUUGUUAUAUCUCGACUCUACGGUCCUGUUCCAUUCCUAUAUUUUCGUUCGCCAUGUAUACCUUUAAUCUAUAAAGAGGAAAUGAGUAAUUGCGAAGCAGUAAGUAGCGGGGGUGUUUUUUAAACUAAUUCAGAUAGCUUUCAAAGCACUGUUUGUUUUUGAUGCGGCCUGUACAAAGAAGUAUAUAAGAACGUCUGACGGGUAUGCGCCGUACAGAUUAUAUUGUAUUCGAUAGAUUAUUUGACGUAUAUGACUUUGUGUAUGUAUGGCUCAGUUCAUGGACAUGUGCUCCAAAAAGACACCACGAAUUCUUUCAAUACAAAGUCAUGUAGUGUCUGGUUAUGUUGGUAAUAAAAGUGCAACAUUCCCUUUACAGUUACUGGGUUUUGAAGUGGAUGUAAUUAAUUCCGUUCAAUUAUCCAAUCAUACUGGAUAUAAGGCUUUUAAAGGUCAAAUACUAAAUGAUAAGGAUUUAGAUGAUAUAAUAGACUGCUUAGUAGAAAAUGAUUUAGAUAAUUAUACUUACUUAUUAACAGGAUAUGUGGGUUCUGCUUCGUUCUUGAAAAAAAUAGCAGAAGUUGUUCAUAUAUUAAAACAAAAAAAUCCUGAUCUUAUAUAUGUAUGUGAUCCUGUUAUGGGUGAUAAUGGAAAAAUGUAUGUUCCUGAAGCACUAAAGGAAAUUUAUAUAAAAGAGAUAGUGCCAUUAGCAGAUAUUAUAAUUCCAAAUCAGUUUGAAUUGGAACUUUUAACUAAUCUGAACAUUAAUACAAUGUCUGAUGUACAAAAUGCUGUAAAGAAAUUACAUGAAAUUGGACCUGAAACAGUAGCUGUUACAUCAACAGAGCUUGGCGAUAAAUUAACAGCAAUAUUUAGUACAAUUAAAGAUAGUAAGAUCAUAAAAAUAGAUAUUCCAAAAAUACCAAUUAAUUUCACUGGUUCUGGAGAUCUCUUUGCUGCCUUAUUUUUAGCUCAUACACAUUUACAGGACGACAUGAAAGUUGCCAUUGAGAAAACUGUAAAUUCUCUGUAUAGUGUUUUGCUAGCUACUUACAAUUAUUCUCAAGCAUAUCAAGAUGAGGAGUCACAGCCUGCAAGAAGAAUCGAAUUACGUUUAAUACAGAGUAAAAAUUUAAUUGAAAAUCCGGAAAUUAAAUUAUUCGCCGAAACUCUUUCAUAGAUAAAUGAAAUUUGAAAUACGCGAAUAAAAAUAUGUACAAUAAUGCCAAUGAUAAUUAUAAUGUAAUUAUAUGCUACAUAUAUGUAUAUUAAGCCUUGUUUUAAAUUAAGAUGUAACAUUUAUAAAUUACAAUUUCUGGUGCUGGAAUUUAUAUUGUAUAGUGUAUAGUUGAUAAUUGAUAUAUUAACUGUUUUUAAGGACCACUGUUUUAAUGUCUUCCGGUAUAAAAAGUUGCUAUAUGUUUUAAUAAAUUAUAGAACAUAGAGUGAAAUAUAAACUACUUUUAACGAUAUUUCUGUAUGUCAAAGAAGCG